AUGAAACUUUCUUAUAAAGAGCUGCAGCAGUUCCAUGGGGUGCGGCGUUUCGACCUGGACCGUUCAUGUUGUUUUGGAGCGUUACUUCUGGAUGAGGAGAGAGGACGGCUUUUUGUUGGGGCCAAAAACUUUCUCCUCUCAUUAUCUUUGGACAACAUUGCCAAACAGGAGCACAAGAUUUACUGGCCCGCCCCGGUGGACUGGAGAGAGGAGUGUAACUGGGCAGGCAAAGACAUCACUACUGACUGUGUGAACUACGUGAAGCUGCUGCACCAUUACAACCGCACCCAUCUGUAUGCCUGCGGCACCGGGGCCUUCCAUCCCACCUGCGCCUUUGUGGAGAUCGGCAACCGGAUGGAGGAUCACGUGUUCCGCAUCGACCCGUCAAAGGUAGAGGAUGGAAAAGGGAAGAGUCCGUACGACCCCAGACACCAGGCCGCCUCCGUUCUCGUCGGAGACGAGCUGUACGCUGGAGUGGCCACAGACCUGAUGGGGCGAGACUUCACCAUCUUCAGGAGUUUGGGCAAAAGGCCAUCGAUAAGAACAGAACAGCACGACUCACGCUGGCUCAAUGAGCCAAAGUUCAUAGGCUCGUUCUGGGUUCCUGAAAGCGAGAAUCCAGACGACGAUAAAGUUUUUUUCUUCUUCCGGGAGACGGCGGUGGAGGCGCAGGGCAUCGGCAAAUCGACGUACUCUCGCAUUGGGCAGUUGUGUCGAAAUGACCUGGGAGGACAGAGGAGCCUGGUGAACAAAUGGACCACGUUCUUGAAAACUCGCCUGAUUUGUUCCGUUCCCGGAGCUGACGGCAGUGACACGUAUUUUGACGAACUCCGAGACGUCUUCCUGCUGCAGACCAGGGACAGGAAGAACCCCCUGGUCUACACCGUCUUCUCCACGUCCAGCAGUGUGUUCAAGGGCUCUGCUGUGUGUCUCUACUCUAUGAAUGACAUCCGCAGAGCUUUCCUCGGGCCCUUCGCUCAUAAAGAGGGACCCAACUACCAGUGGAUCCCCUUCCAGGGAAAAGUGCCCUACCCCCGCCCCGGCAUGUGUCCCAGUAAGACGUUUGGCAGUUUUGAGUCGACCAAAGGUUUCCCAGACGAGGUGAUCCAGUUUGCUCGCCACCACCCGCUCAUGUACAACCCGGUAUACCCCCUGAACCGAAAGCCGGUCUUUGUCAGGACCAACGUGGACUACAGCUUCACACAGUUGGCAGUGGAUCGAGUCAACGCAGCCGAUGGCCAGUACGACGUCAUGUUCAUCGGCACAGACAAAGGGACAGUGUUAAAGGUGAUCAGUGUUCCCAAAGAGAGCUGGAACAAUAUGGAAGAGCUACUACUGGAGGAGCUGGAGGUUUUUAAGGACAACUCAGCAAUCAUCAACAUGCAGAUCUCUUCUAAACGGCAACAGCUGUAUCUGGGCUCGGACACUGGACUGGCACAGGUGCCUCUCCAUCGCUGCAGUGUGUAUGGGAAAGCCUGUGCGGAGUGCUGCUUAGCCCGGGACCCCUACUGUGCCUGGGAUGGGACCUCCUGUACGCGAUACCUGCCCAAUACUAAGAGACGUUUCCGACGGCAGGAUGUGAGGAACGGAGACCCCAACACUCUUUGCUCAGGAGACCAUCAUAAGCACCGCGUCUCAGAGAAGAAGCUGUACGGUGUGGACGGCAGCAGCACGUUCCUGGAGUGUAUCCCCAAAUCUCUGCAAGCUCAGGUCACGUGGACUUACCAGAAGACGCCCCAAAGCCAACGAGAAGAGGUGCGUCUAGACGACCGCCUCUUACACACCGAGCGUGGGCUGCUGAUUCGCCGCUUGCUGAAGCGUGACGCCGGCCUGUACCAGUGCCACGCCAUGGAGCACGGCUUCACUCAGACCCUGUUGGGCAUCACCCUGGAGGUCGUCCCCUCCGUCACCCCCCAGGAGCCCCCCUCCAAACUGGACCCUCGCACCUCCAACCCCGCCCACUCUCACCCCUCCACCAAUCAGAAGCUGUGGUACCGUGACUUCAUGCAGCUCGUGGACCACCCCAACCUCAGCACCGUGGACCAGAUCUGUGAACAGGUGUGGGCGCGCAAACAGGCCACCAACCACCUAACGCCAGAAAAAGGCAUUGUGGGAAGUGCAGGCAAAGAUCACUCUGCUGCACAGCCAGCAGGGAGCGCUCCGGGGCAGGGCGCGGCCAACAGGCCCAAUAAUAAGAAGUGGAAACAUCUGCAGGAGAUCCGGAAAGGCAGGAACAGGAGAACGCACGAGGGGAAAUCGAACCCUCGCACGCCUCGCUCGGCCGGGGAGUGA